CGCAGCGGCAGCGCUCGGGCAGCCCAGCGCGGGGGCCUGCGCUGGGGGCGGUUCCGGUUCCGGUUCCGGCGCCGCUCGGGCCGGGGGGGCCGCGCCGCCAUCGCCGCGAUGCCGAAAGGUAGAAAAGGAGGCCACAAAGGCCGGGCAAGGCAGUACACGAGUCCUGAGGAGAUUGAUGCCCAGCUCCAAGCAGAAAAGCAAAAGGCAAGGGAAGAGGAGGAGCAAGAAGAAGGAGGAGAAGGAGCAACAGGGGACCCUAAAAAGGAGAAGAAAUCUUUAGAUUCAGAUGAGAGUGAUGAAGAUGAUGAGGAUUAUCAGCAAAAGCGCAAAGGAGUGGAGGGGUUGAUAGACAUAGAGAACCCCAACCGUGUCAUUCAGACAACCAAAAAAGUCACUCAGCUGGACCUGGAUGGACCCAAGGAGCUCUCACGACGAGAGAGAGAGGAAAUAGAGAAGCAAAAGGCAAAAGAAAGAUACAUGAAAAUGCACCUAGCUGGGAAAACAGAGCAAGCCAAGGCAGACCUGGCCCGAUUAGCCAUCAUUCGGAAGCAAAGGGAAGAAGCUGCCAGAAAGAAAGAAGAAGAAAGAAAAGCAAAAGACGAGGCGGCCAUGGCAGGUAAAAGACUGCAGUCACUAUCCCUUAACAAGUAAGCACAGGCCAUGCAAGAGGAGGAAACACCAGGGAACUGUGCCUGGUCCUGCCAGGAGCUCUGCCUUCCAUCGCUGCCACGCAGGGCACCCUGCAGCAUUGACCUCACCUCCACCUCCAAGAGACACUGACGAU